AUGCCCAAUAUGCCUAGCUCACUCUCGCCGUUGCCCACAAUGGACCCUAAAAAUAUCACUUCAACUGAAUCGCGUCCACUGAAAGAUUUGACCAUUGAAAACAUCACUGAGAAUGUCCACGCUAUAAACUCCAACUGCGAAGACGUGCGUCUCCGGUUUCUCCUUGAACGGCUCGUCACGCACCUGCACGACUUUGCCAGGGAGACCCGGCUAAGCACUAAGGAGUGGGAGGCCGCGAUCGGCUUCCUCACCGACGUCGGCCAAAUAUGCACCGAGGUCCGACAAGAGUUCAUUCUUCUCUCCGAUGUUCUCGGCCUCUCUCUACUCGUCGACUCCAUCGAUCAUCCCAAGCCAGCCGCAUCUACGGAGGGGACCGUGCUGGGCCCGUUCCACACCCAUGAGGCAGAGCAUGCCGCCAAUGGAUCAUCAAUUUCACAUGACCCCGAUGGCGAGCCCAUGCUCGUCGUGUGUACCGUAAAGGACACGGAUGGGAAUCCUCUGCCGGGGGUGAAGAUUGAUGUGUGGGAGACGGAUUCCAAAGGAUUCUACGACGUGCAGCAUGCGGAUAGGGACGGGCCUGAUGGCCGGGCUAUUGUGACGAGCAAUGCCAAGGGUCACUUCUUCUUUAAUGCCAUCGUGCCCGUACCAUAUCCAAUUCCGAAUGAUGGGCCUGUGGGUAAACUUCUCGGGAGGUUAAAACGGCACCCUUAUCGCCCUAGCCACUUCCACUUUAUGUUUGAAAAGCCCGGAUACGACCGGUUGAUCACGCAAGUCACGACCCUCCCCCGGUCCGUACCUUUGUUUGUCCUGAAACUAACGCCAAAUUCCAGUGCUCUCUACCUUCGUGGUGAUCCGUAUGAGAGAUCAGAUGCUGUUUUCGGCGUAAAAGAGUCCCUUGUUAUCGAUCUAAUGACCGUGUCAGAUGUGGAGGGCAUGGCUGAGGAGUACGAGGUGCCCCCUCAACGAAACUGA